AUGGCAAAGCGCACCCUUGAUGCCUUCUUCAAGCCAGUAGUACCCAGCCCGCCGGAGAAACGCGCGAAGAGAGACCAUGACAGCUCGCAAUCACCACCCUCCAACCCGGUCGAUGACCGCAUUCCACCAAGCGUCCAUCCCAGCUACCCAUGCCCGAUAGCCGGUCUCCCAUCCCAUAUCGCCGUCGCAUUAACCCACGGCACGCCGGCGCGCCCGCCACGACCCAUCACCAACCAACCCAACCUCGACCUGCUCUAUUUCAAGCCCUACAUUACGCGGCCGGCAGCGAACGAGCUGUUCAAGUUCCUGCGCGCCUCGCUCCCCUUUUACCGGGUGCAAUACACGAUCAAGCGCGGUGGGGUUCCAACGGAGAUCAACACGCCCCGGUACACGACCGUCUUCGGCGUCGACGACACAAGCAUCUUCAUCCCGGAGGGUGAAGCGCAACAACCAUCCACACCCCCGGGGGAGUCGCACGACCCACCCGAAGCCACUUCCCACAGACACAAAUACUCAAGUCAAGAAGCUCCGGAUACGGACCCAGAUACCGGACGUCACACGGACGACCUGAUCCCCGUAUCGACCCACACGCGCGCUCCCAUCCGCGCCUCAAAAUACGACUGCACACCGCGCCCUUUACCGGCGUGCCUGGCGCAGCUCCGCGAUGCAGUUGAAGCCGUGACGGAUGCGCAGUAUAACUUCUGCCUGGUGAAUUACUACGCCAGCGGGAGCGACAGCAUCGCGUUCCAUUCCGACGACGAGCGGUUCCUGGGCGGGGCGCCGUGCAUUGCGUCGCUGUCGCUGGGUGGGGAGCGGGAUUUUGUGAUGAAACAUAAGCCGGCAGGGGCGGGAGAAGUAGCGGUGCAGGCGGAGCCGGUCAAGAUGGCACUCGGGUCGGGGGACAUGGUCGUGAUGCGGGGAGCGACGCAGGCGCAUUGGCUGCACAGUGUGCCGAAGCGGCGGGGCCGGAGCGGGGAGGACAUGCGGGGGCGGAUCAAUAUCACAUUCCGGCGGGCGGUAGUGCCGGGGGGCACAAACAACUACUAUCAUUAUAAUGUUGGGAGUGGGGGGGUAUGGAGGUGGGACGAGGUGAAGGGGCAGAUGGUGUUGACUAGGGACGGACGGGAGUGA